GCCAGCGAGAAUGGCAAACAGGUCAUCGAGUGCUUCGAGGAAUUGGAGCAGGACGGGUGCGAGAUCCUCCGCCACAUGAAGGUGUACGGGGACUGGGACUCCGUCCUGUACGAGCUGCGUCUCAUGAUCAGGGCCAUCUCCGCGACGCCGCGGUUCUGCGAGAUGUACUACAUCUGGGGAAGCCAGGAUUCCGGGAAGGACACCAAGGUGAAGAUGUUGCACGCCUUCCUCGGUCACGGCAAGGACAACUACGGGGUGCAGCUUCCGGGAAACUAUGUGGUGCAACAGACUCGCUACCUGACCGCGAAGGACGGACCCGCGCCUUACCAUGCAAGGACUCUAGGCAAGCGGCUGGCCAGUGAAGUCCCCGAGCACUACUCGUUGGCGGAUGACUUCAUCAAGCCCUUUUGUGACAUGGAAGUCUGCCAGACAACGGUCAGCUUCACCUUGAAGCCGUCCAUGGCCACCGAGGAGCGAGCCGUGGAUGGCCUCAAGACCCGGAUAAACCGAGGCACCGAGAUCAAGCCGCAGCCACCGGAGAUGAAGAUGAGCGCCAUGGACCUGGUCCCAUGUGCAGACAAGGCCAAACCCGAGGCCUUCAUGACAGAGAUGUGUGAGCUGGUGCCCUUGAAGGAAGCAAGCCUCCACACAGAGCUGACGAUGGCGCUGAAGACCUACCUCAGCCUGGGCACCUUGGGCGCGGCAAAGAGCGUGAUCUCGAAGUUGGGGAUUAAAGGACAAUCCUAUGGCCCGCGGUACAUCUCCACCCUCAAGCAAAAUGAGCGCAUGGUGGGUGUGAAGCUCCGAUCGGCAUCGACAAGUAGCUCUUAG